AUGGUCAACAGCAAUCCGGGCGUCAACCCCCUCAACCACCCCAUGGUCCAGCAGGAGGUCGACAAAGAGGACGCGAUUGACACCUUUAUCGCUUUUCUCGAGCAAGACCCCUACCUUGACUCGUACACCACCAAGCUCGCCAACGCUCUCCAAGACAUUGCCGUCAAGUACAAGGAGCUUGCUGACGACGGCGGCAUCUGGCACGAGUACUUUGAGCUGACUCUCAACAAGUUCCUGUGGGACAUGCCCAAGACUCGUGAGGAGCUGUACGAAGUAGUCAGUAAGCUCACCGAGGUGGAUGUCGUCCACGAGGCUGCCAUUCGCGGAGUGCAGGUGCAGGUCGUUCCCAAGUAUCGGGACCAGGCUACCUCUACCUCUACCUCUACGUCUACUUCUACGUCUACUUCUGCGGAUGCUCAAGUCGACGCGAUCGCGAAGAGGAUCGCCAAGUACCUCCUGGCCGACGGCCACAACGCUGGAGGCCGUAAGGUCGAGGGUGAGAAUGCGACCAUCUUCAGACUUGAGAGCGAUGACACUCCGUGCACGAUUCGUGUUUACUCUGGUGAUGGUACCACCUCUACGCUCGGCCUCAUUGCGGAAGGUACUGGUCCUGCCAUCUUGACGGUCAAGGUCCACAAGGAGAACGGUGCUACAAAGCCGUCUGACUUGCCUACCCGUGAACCCUCAGGAUCGAACACGUUGCCAAUAGAUGUGGAGGAAGAUACAGGGGAGUAUGACGGGGUUGUUGUGCUUCCUACGUGGGAAAGACGAGAAACCCCGUCUUCGAAGAACGCUUGUGCGUUGUACUGCGCGACUUCCCAUUGCCCCAGUCACUCCCGCGAUCAACUUAGUUUGAGCUUCUGUACUCAUCCAAGUAUUAUUUCCACAGGCAAGAUGGUAAACAAAGAAGUCGACAAGAGAAACAAAGCGGCAAAUGCGUUUUCCGAGUUUCUCGAAGAAGAUGGUACCUAUGACCUGGAAAGUUGGCAGCUCGAGAUUUCGGAUGGUCUCAAGGACUUCGCGGUCAAGUACUAUGAGCUUUCUCCGGACGGCGAUGAUUCAUCGGAAUGGCAUGAGUACUUUGUGAUGGGCCUCAGGAAGUUUUUGAGAGACUUGCCGUCAACGACUACAGAGUUGGACAAAGCACUCGAAGCUCUCAACCGCGAGGAAGUCGCAGCCGAUGCUCGUGCCCGCGGGGUGCGCAUUCAGAUUCUACCGGGAUCACCUACUCCUACUCCUACUCAUACUCCUGCGCCUCCUGACGAAUGCAUCGACAAAACUCCGGAGGUGCCGAAAAACGGAAAACGACCUGCCGAGGCCGAGGGCAUGUCUUCCACUGCCACUGAAGCUGAAGCUCAAGGUCGGCCCACCAAGCGUGUCAAGCACGACGAAGCCGAGAGUGCGACGACUUCGAGUGGUUUCACCGUCAAAACCGAAGGCUCGCUCAAAUUCUGCAUCUCCGAUGACAUCGGAACCACGACCUUCAACCUCAACGGCCGCAGCCCUGCCAUCGUGACUGUCAGCGUCCAGAAGAAGGACAUCACCGCUUCUGCUUCCACCAACGGCAACAAGGAAGCCGAGAAGGAAGAAGCAGCCUAG